AUGUGCAAGGCUUGUUGCUCUGGAAUUCGAGAGGGUCGUUGCUCAGGACUAGUGACUGUCGAAGCUAUCGAAGGCUCCGAGGCCUGCGAUGUAUAUUGGGAGGUUGGGAUAGCCAGGGCUGCUGAGUCGUCCGAAGAAGUCGAAGACCUUGAAGUCGAAUACGUCCGCGACAUGGAGUCUUUCCUCCGGGAACUCGCAAACUGCCUAAAGACAGCACAUUGA